AAUAUUAUGUUAUUAUGUUAACUGAUGUUGCUUAUCAACAAGUCUGUAAUGUAAUCUAUUUAUUGACAUCGCCAUAUCGUCUUUCGGAUUGUUCACCAUAGUCAUAUCAAUCAUCGUCGACCAUGUUAUCAAAUGUGAAGUUUGGUAAUUCAUUGUUAAGGUUAUUUCGUUUUAAUUCAGUGAGACAAUUGAAUUCUAUCCAAGCAGCCAAUGUUGACUAUUUUAAAUCAGUUUUGGGUGAAAAUCGGGUUAAACAAACUGACUUGGAGAAAUAUAAUCGUGAUUGGUUAGGCCUCCACGAAGGAAAAAGUAGCUUGACUUUGGUUCCUUCGACAACGGAAGAUGUUUCCAAAAUCUUGUCAUAUUGUAAUGAUCAUCGUCUACAAUUGGUCGUUCAAGGAGGAAAUACAAGUUUAGUAGCUGGUUCAGUUCCUCAAGAUGACGAAAUUAUAAUCUCAAUGGAAGCAAUGAACAAGAUAAUUGAAUUCAAUGAUACCACUGGAGUGUUAACUUGUCAGCCUGGAGUCAUUCUGGAAACAGCUGAGUCGUUUGUCAACGAAAAAGGAUAUAUGAUGCCUUAUGAUUUGGGAGCAAAGGGCUCGUGUCAUGUUGGAGGGAAUAUAGCUACUAAUGCAGGGGGAAUCCGUUACGUUAGGUAUGGUUCUCUUCAUGGAUCAGUCCUUGGAUUAGAGGCUGUUAAAGCUGAUGGAACUGUCCUUAAUAUGAUGUCAACUCUUCGCAAAGACAAUACUGGGUAUGAUUUGAAACAGCUGUUCAUUGGUUCUGAAGGAACUCUCGGAGUAAUAACCAAAGCAUCCAUUUUGUGUCCAGUAAAACCAAUCGAUAAAGUUGUUGCCCUUCUUGGAGUACCAAGUUACGAAGCUUCAGUUAAACUGUUGAAAAUCAUCCGAUCGCGAUUUGUUGCAUAUUUAAGUGCAUAUGAAUUGAUGGAUCAAACUACAAUGGACUCUGUUCACAUCAACUUGCACCUUGAACCUCCUUUCUCGGCACCGUUUUAUGUUCUCUUUGAAAUUUCCAUAUUCCCUGGAUCCAGUGAAGAGGUUAUCAGAGACAAUUUAACCAACUUCCUUGACACCAUGAUUUCUGAUGAGGGAAUUGUCAAUGAUGCAGUUUUAUCCACAGAUUUAACCAGUUACAAUAAACUUUGGGCGAUGCGUGAGCAAAUUAUGAUAGCAAUUAAAGCAGAAGGCGAAGCGCUUUCAUAUGACGUUUCUCUUGAACAUAAAGACUAUUAUCGAAUUGUCGAUAUAAUGAGAGAACAUUUAGCAAACAAAAAAGAUCUGAUUCGAGUUAGUGGCCAUGGUCAUUUGGCUGAUAACAACCUUCAUCUGGCCAUUUCUGCAAAGUCAUUUACUAGCGAUGAAAUCAAAUCGAUAGAAACUCUUUUACAUGAAUGGGUGGGUGAACGCAAUGGAAGUGUUUCAGCUGAACAUGGAUUAGGAAUGAAAAAGAGACACUUAAUAUACUAUUCAAAGCAACGUGAAGUGGUUGAUUUAAUGAAACAAUUGAAACAACUUUUCGAUCCCAAUAACAUUCUCAAUCCAAAAAAACUCUUGCCAGAUAAUUAAAGAUAAUUUUGUAAGUCCAAAGUAACCUUCAUAAUAUUUAGUUUAUCAAAAUUUGUUACUUCUUUGAUAACUAGCGAAAUGUUAUGAUCUAAUCUUUCUUUUAAUGGUUAUAUUUAAUACACAAUGUCCAUUAUUAUUGCUAAAUAUCAACAUUAUUUAGUUUUUAUUUUCA